CCACAAGCUUGAAGCUCCCCCGUUCCUUUUACUCUACUUAUCCGCCACCACAGCAAGAAUGGAGGAGCGCCCACUCUAGUCUACUUCAUCUUCGGGUCCAGAAAUGGCAGCCUCUGCUUCUGCCUCGGCCUCUUCCAUCUCCAUCUCCAACGUCCCUCGCAGAAGCAACUCAUUAUCUUCUCCAACCCCUCAUUUCCUUGCACAAUCCCAGAAAACUGCCUUCCAUGGCUUGUCUUUGAUAAGCAAGAGUGGGAGUAGGAAUAGAGCUCUUUCAGGAAGGAGAGGAUUUGAAAUCAAUGCGAGGACUGCUGGAGCUUCCAGGACCAUUGAGGUUGAGGUUGAUAAGCCUCUAGGCUUGACCCUGGGCCAGAAGUCCGGGGGUGGUGUUGUCAUCACUGCGGUUGAUAGCGGAGGGAAUGCUGCAAAGGCAGGGUUAAAGGCCGGUGACCAAGUCCUUUACACUAGUAGUUUCUUUGGAGAUGAACUGUGGCCUGCAGAUAAGUUGGGAUUUACCAAGACUGCUAUCCAAGCAAAGCCUGACUCUGUCUACUUUGUUGUAAGCAGAGGUGCUGAAGUUGAUGUAAAACGAUUGACCAAGAGGCCUGCUCCUCCUCGCUUUGGCCGGAAAUUAACAGAGGCACAGAAGGCUAGAGCAACUCAUAUAUGUCUUGAUUGUGGAUUCAUUUACACUUUGCAGAAAUCUUUUGAUGAACAACCUGAUAGUUACGUCUGCCCGCAAUGCAGUGCACCGAAAAAGAGAUUUGUUGAGUAUGAUGUGAAUACUGGAAAACCAGUGGGUGGUGCCUUGCCACCCAUUGGAGUCAUUGUUGGUCUUAUUAUUGGCAUUGCAGGAGUUGGAGCAUUGCUUGUGUAUGGCCUCCAGUAGUUAAGUUCAGUAGUAGUCAUAAUUCAUCAGAAUGCUUCAUCCAUUUAUGAUCUUGAUUUGUAAAAGUCCAAACAGCUAAACAUUAUAAUAAUAAUAAAAAAAAAAAAAAAAGAUAAAAGAGGAACUUUUA